AUGGACACCAUGUCAGAAGCCAGGCUCCAAACCCAGCAGAGGAGCAGCCGGAAUGGUCGAGAGACCAGCCUGUGGUCCUCAGGCUUUGGAAUGAAGCUGGAGGCUGUCACCCCAUUCUUGGGGAAAUACCGCCCUUUUGUGGGUCGCUGCUGCCAGACCUGCACCCCUAAGAGCUGGGAGUCCCUCUUCCACAGAAGCAUAAUGGAUCUAGGCUUCUGCAACGUGAUCCUGGUGAAGGAAGAGAACACCAGGUUUCGGGGCUGGCUGGUUCGGAGGCUUUGCUAUUUCUUGUGGUCACUGGAGCAGCACAUACCCCUCUGCCAGGAUGCACCACAGAAGAUCAUGGAAAGCACUGGGGUGCAGAACAUCAUCUCAGGGAGGGCCCCCGGAGGGGCUGGGGAAGGCCAGGGGCCCAGCCUUGUGAAGAAAGAGGUACAGCGCAUCUUGGGCCACAUCCAGACUCCACCCCGCCCCUUCCUGCUCAGGCUGUUUAGCUGGGCACUGCUGCGGUUCCUGAACUGCCUCUUCCUGAAUGUGCAGCUGCACAAGGGCCAGAUGAAGAUGGUCCACAAGGCCGCCCAGGCGGUAAGGCCCGCCCCCCAUUCAGAUGGGGAUGGGACAGCAGGGAAAGAGGAGUAG